AUAAAAACAGGAGAUCAAGCUCUGAAAGCAGGAGAAUGCGGUUUAAUGUGAGAUGGCUGGAUUGCCAUGGACGGGAAGGAAAAAUUUUCGCGUGGGAAAUGGCCGUGGGAGUGUAAUGGAGAGGGAUGCAGGGUGGGUAUGCCCUGGCUUUUCCAAUCGCUCUUCAAUGCAGGGAAAGUCAUCACCAGUUUAGCGAGCAACAAUAGUCAGAUAAAACUGAAAGCAGCAGCAGCGCCUUCUAAAUUGUCUCCAGAAGAGCAGGGAGAGGCGGAGGAGCGAGCUCUGGCGUUAGCACUCGCCACUAAGAAAGAGGCGACUCUCUUAGAGUUCUACUCGCCCAGGUGCAGACUUUGCGCUUCUUUGGCAAAUACUGUGGCCGAGGUGGAGGCCAAAAAUGGUGAAUGGCUCAACAUUGUGAUGGCCGACGUGGAGAACAAGGCAUGGUUGCCUGAGGUUCUGCAAUAUGACAUCAAGUAUGUUCCAUGUUUUGUGUUGCUGGACACAUAUGGAACUGCACUAGCGAAGACAGGAACUCCUGCUAGUAGGUUACAUGUAUUGACAGGUUUGUCUUAUCUUCUAGAAAGCAUGUGGCCCAUUAGAAAGGCAAUGAAGCCUGUGCAAUCGUCAGAUGAUACAAGUCCAAAUCAAGGUAGAUAAAUUUGGCAAAGCUUAAGAGUUUGCAAAAGCAAUGCAAAGUCAUCGGAAUUAUGUUAGAUAUUCUACAUUCAUAAAAAUAUUUGUUGCAGAUAUUCUUCCUGUAUUAAGAAUCAUGUAGUUAUUCAGAAAAUUUAUUAUAAGAAGUCAAAAACCAAUAAUGAUAAUUUUAAUUUGUCCUCACACUGGGAGUUCUUGGUACAGUUUCUUA